AUGGACAACAGAUCUUUCCCGUCUCACCGAAGCAUCUCGUCAAUCAGUACUUCGAAUCAAACCAUAGAUAGUCAGAGUAAUGCUGAUGGACCAAGCAACCCAUCUGAAUUCGUAAAUCGUGGAUUUCUUCUUUGGAAUCAGACAAGACAACAGUGGAUUGGAGUUAAAGGAUCUCAAAAGAGCAAACAAACACGAGAGCCCAAGCUGAGUUGGAAUGCGACUUACGAGAAUUUGCUUGGGACCAACAAACCAUUCCCACAGCCAAUCCCAUUAGCGGAAAUGGUGGAUUUUCUUGUGGAUGUCUGGGAGCAAGAGGGACUCUAUGAUUGA